GGGUGGUCAAAUGAGUGAUCUCGUGGAAGAAAACUGCGGGAAAAGCAAAUCUUCCCAGGAAAUAUCUGCAAAAAAAAAUGUGUCUCCUGCUGAGGACUGCUCAAUAAGACUCAAAAAUUUGCAAAAACUCGAGAACCAGUUAAAAUCCUUGACCUUUCAAAAUCCAGGACCUCAGGUAGCUGACUUCAAUCCUGAAACUCGACAGCAGAAAAAGAAAGCAUGCAUGUCAAAGAUGAAACAAAAAGUUUUUUAUGAGUCCAAAUCUGCAAAGAAGUAUGACAAACGUGGCAGGCUGCUUUGUAAUAACAUAGAUUUAUGUGAUUGCCUGGAUAUUGAUUGUCUCGGUUGCUUCUAUCCUUGCCCCAAAUGCAACUCAAACAAAUGCGGGCCAGAAUGUCGCUGCAAUAGAAAAUGGGUUUAUGAUACGAUUGAGACUGAAGCUGGGGAUGUGGUCAGUGAGCUACCGUUUUUUGUCCCUGACUGA